AAAACAAACGCGGGCGGCCCGGGACCUUUGCGCUGGAUCUGCGCGGCUGUCUGGCUUGGCUGCUAUUAUUGAAAGAUCUCUUGACUUGGACUCGGUUCACUCCCUGACAUCGAUGGUAAAGCGACUGCAUGCUGCUUGAAGGGUUUCAUCUGCUUAAUGCUGCCCCAACAUGUCUGCGGAAAAUAAUCAGUCCUCAGGAGGAACAUCCCCUCUUUCCCCUCCCACAACCUCCCAGUAUUCCACACAGACCUUAUAUUCGGAGGAAGGACAUAAAGAGGAAGAUGAGAACUCAGAGAGAGAAUAUCUAUCUCCUGAAGACAGUGAGUAUCUGGAAGACAAUGAGUAUCUGGAAGAGGACAUCGAUCCUGAGGAAGAUGAGUACCUGGAGGAAGAAACGUUUCUGAAAGAGAACACGUAUCUAUAUGAGACUCCGGCAUCUGUGAAACAGAGAAAGCAUCUACAGAAGAAAAAGCAUCUGGAAGAAAAAGAGGAUCUGUUCGAAAAGUAUCUGGAAGGCAAAUUAAAGAUUACUUCUUCAUGUCAAACCCUGCCUCAUCCUACCACAAGGAGCUCAGCGACUAGCCCCUCUAAGGGGACCACCCUCUUCUCUGUCCCGCCUUCCAUCUCUGAACUUCCCCACGAGUCUCCAUUCGGUAACAUAACGCCUUCUACCUCGUACGUGCGGCAACAUGGAGAACUUCUGGCCUGGCAAGACCGGAGCACGCAGACAGAAUGGACCUAUCAGAUGUAUGUUAUCCCUGAUUUUUCUCACGGGGAAGAAAAUGUCUUGGAUUUUGUUACCAAAGAGAACUUUUGGAAUGAUUUAUUAAAUGAGCCCAUUGACUCAUCGGAAGCUGAGGACAUAGAUGACAAGCUUCUCAGCAGCUCCUAUCAGGCAGUGUUUAGGACCAUGCUCAAAGAAAUGGAGGCUCGCAAAGAACAGGAAGAGGAUAUUGACGUCCCCGUGACCGGAAUUCUGGAGAGUGAAACCAGACGGAAACUGGGAAUUCUGAUGAAGAAAAACUUUGAAAAAUACAAGACAACGAUCCUCUGGAUUAUGAAGAAACGUGAAAACUUACUCAACCGCAGAAGUGCAGGAGCAGCCCCAGAUACAUCUACUUUCACAUUUCAUUUAUGGAACCAACCACCACCAGUCAAGGAGUCUGUGACAGAAGCCAAAAACACCCAUCAUGUUGUUCGUCGUAAGAAGAAAUUAGAAAUAGAUACAGACGUGGUACAGAGCAAGACUGAGGUGCAUCACCAUGAUGUAAAAUUAACUCUCUACCCCAGUGAGACUGUCUUCCAAAUCCUCUUUCCUGAUGGAUCAGGCCAGAUACACUACCCGUCAGGAAACCUGGCUAUGCUCAUCCUCAGUACAAAACAGAGAGAGUUCACAUACAUCAUUCUGGAAGACAGUGAAGAAGGGUGUGUCCAGGCCCUUAUCAACAACUCUGGCCAUGCCACCUUCUAUGAUGAAAACAGAGAAAUCUGGUUGAGCCUGAGCCAAAACCUGGGCUACUACUUCCCCAAAGGCAAACACCAGAAGGCCUGGAACUGGUGGGAUCUGAGCCUCCACGUCCAUGCGCCCCCUUUCCAGUCCAUCUCCUUGAAAAUCAACCGGUACAUCAAGGUACAAAUAAGGAGCCAGGAUAAGAUCGCUUUCUGCUUCAGCCACCAAAAGAAGCACAUCUGCUUAAACCUGGGCACCAAGUACAAGUUCAUAACCCAGGAGGUGCUGAGUGAAAUGAAGCAGAAGGCCAUCCUAGAGGUAGAAUUUGGUUCAACAGCUCGGAAGAUGCAGGUCCUCCUGGGGAAAAUGAGUAGAAUCCUGAAUUUCCUGACCAUCCCUGAUUUGGAAAACUUCAUAGAGGCUGCCGGGAUCUUGCCAACCGACAACCUGGAGCGGAAGGAGAACUCUUACCUCCAAUAGUAGGGCAGUCACCACAUUGUGCCAGGGCCUUCUCCAGCCACCGUGGACUGUCUCGGGAGAGUUAUCAUGAGUGCCAAGGAA